UACAUUGUGAAUCCCGUGACAAUGCAAUGGACCCGACUUCCUAAGACUGACUAUGAUUACUCCUUGGUCACUCCUGUUAUUGGGUUAUUAGGGAAUGUGUCAGAGGGCAGGUACCAUGUUAUCAAGCUGUCGGGGUCUACACCGUCUCAGCUUAGACUCCGUGUGUUUGAUUCUAAGCGCGGUAAAUGGAGAGACCGUUGUAUCGAGCAUCAGCCUUGGUCACAGUUUGCAUGGUGUCCAACCCAAUGCCAAGGGUUAGCCUUUAACGGAGCUCUACACUGGUUAGCCCAAGACGGACCUAUUGUAGCUUAUAACCCUAACUUUAGGAGGAAGGAAUGCAUAUUUAUCCACCGUAUCCAAGAGAUGCGCCAUGCUUCUUAUGGUGCUGAUGCGGUCGUCUCAGAGACCUUAACCGUUUCAGAUGGCCAUCUACGCAUCAUUCAGCUCGUCUGCUAUCCCCUUAUUACGAGUGGUCACCAUCUCUCUAUUUGGACACUCGUUGACUACAAGCAGUCUAUAUGGAAACAAGAGCAUGAUCCUACCUAUUUCAGUGACAUGGCUUCUGAUCUUACAUGGAUACAAGACUACAUGCGGGGAUAUAAACUGGAGACAGCUUACCAACACAACAUCUCCUUUUUCAUGAGACCGCAUCCUGGCGAAAACAGCAGACAGCAGAUCAUUUGUCCACAGCCUUUGUAUUGCCAUCCAAACAAUCCUCUUGUCGUUUACUUGUAUUUGCCGGAGAGCAUUGUCUCGCUUGAUGUCGCAACAAAGAAGCUGCGGUUGAUUACAAGAGUUAGGAAAAAUAGAGUCAUGGGCGGCAGUUACUGGAACCGAUAUGAUAAGGUGAUACCAAUGACACUUGUCUUAGAUCCUUCAUUGGUCCCGGACCAUGAGCGUGUCCUGCUGCCACCGUCGUAG